CGGUACCGGCCACCCGGGGCGACCCCAACCCAAAUUUGAACGGCGCCACAAAAUCCAAAAGCAACGACUAUUUUGCUUCUUUCCCAUUUGCCAUCAAAGAACAAUCAUUUCUUUUGCGUCGUUCCACAAGUUGUUGUUGAUCAAGUCUUCACCAUGCCACUAGCAAGUGCCCGAGGGGCCUCUGAAAAGAGAACCAAGGAGCUUCAGGAAGAAAAGGCUCGUCGAGAAAAGCGUGAGAGGGUUGACAAGGGACGAAUGUCUUUACCAAGAACCACCACACGUUCCACAACCCGAGUCGGCCCUGAAAAUGUCAAACGUCGUAGACAAGCGCGAGAAGCUUCCGAAGAACGCAUGAAGAAACAGAUCAAGGCACCUCCAGCAAAAGCCAAGCAUGACGAGACGAUGCAGCUUGAUGAUGGGUCCAUCAAGGAAAACAUUGGAAGCCCAACCGCAAACGUGGCCCCAGCAGAUCCACUUCCCAUCAGCUCACCAACUCCAUAUUGGAAGGCAGUGCAGGGGAGGAGAAAGAGCCAGAAAUUCUCACCUCGUGAGACUCGCUCUGCCAAGAAGAAGAAGAAGUCUCAAGAGAUAGACGAACAUCCCAUUGUUGGAGGGGGCACUGCCCUUGUCUUUUCGCCUCCUGAUCAGAAACAGAAUGCAAUUCGCGAAAAGGAAGAACUCGAGACCAAACUGCAAGCUCGGGAUGGCCGUGUAUCGGCUCAAAUCGAAGAGGGCAAAUACUUGGAGUUUUCUCCGACAUCGUUCAAAUGCCGCAACCGCAAUUUUGACGAAAUGGAACGGGAGCGUCGAGCACAAAACAAAAACAAUGACAAGCCACCAAUGGACAAACGACCAGAGGCUGAUGAAUCGUUUGAUUCUAUACAAGGAUCCGACGCAGGAGUCAAUGAUUCAUCGAGAAGUCAUGUGUCCGGAAUCACUACCAUGUCGACAAAUCAGAACGAUGAAGUGCUUCGAAUUGAGCUCAAAACAAUCAAUGAGAAACUCGAUAGUAUUGCUAAUGAGAACAGGCGCAAUUCCGACGCAGGUCUCAUGCUGCAGCAGCAGGGUAUACAACAAACUUUGGAGAAGGAACGAAGCGCUCUAGAAGCGGAACGAGCCAAUACGAAAAGGCUCGAGACCAGCAAAGCCAACCUGGAAUCCAAAGUCUCUUCGCUUGAAAACAAGCUCGUUGCAAAUCAAGAAGAGUUUGAAGCCGAGAAGAAACGUCGCGAUGCCGACAUGGAAUCCUGCAAGGGUGAACACUCUCGCAAUGUAGAAGAACUCAAAGGUGAAAUUGCCGCCCUUCAGCAGGAAAAGCAGGAACACCUGCAGGAGAUUGAUACCCUCGAAGCAAAGCUCAAGGAGGCCAAGGCAUUCCUAUCGACCAACGAGGCCGACUCGAAGCAAAUUGAGCAGCAAAUGGCACAGAUUGAAACCCUCAAGGGCGUCGAGCAGAAACACCUCAAAACCCAACAAGAACUAAAGAAUGUCAUGUCUAGCCGAGCCCAGCUAGAAGCCGAAGUCAAACGUUUGGAAGGAGACCUGAAAACAUACAAGGAAAACGCCGCAGAUUUGGAGUAUCAACUCAAGGAUGCACUGGCAUUGGUGCAACAGAACGAGGCCGAAUAUCAAAAGGAAAUUCAAGCCCGUGACACAACAAUCAAUGACUUGAUGGAGAGAGUGAAAUCACUCCGACAAGAAAAGGACGACACGGGUGGAGAACUUGACAAGAUCCGUCGUGCCAGUGAAGCAAAGGACAAACAAAUCUCGGAUCUUAAAGCUGCAUUGGAGGCUGCAAAGCAGAAACACAAGGAGACCCGCGAAUCAUUCUCAAGGGAAAAGGACGACGUAGAAAAUAGUUUGGCAAACCUUAAGAAUGCCCUUGAAACGUCGACGAUGAACCUCCGCAAAGCCCAGCUGAAUGAGGUUGCCAAGCAAGAGGAAUGUCAGCAGAAAGACGAACGGAUCGCAGAAUUGGAACGUCAGAUCUCCAAAUGCAAACGAAGGUUGAGCACUUCGGACGAUAGGGAAGAUGAGCUUCUUCGUAAACUGCAAAGGAGCGAUCAAAUUCGAGUCGAACUCCACAACAAGGUCACACAACUUAGCGGCAACAUUCGAGUCUUUGUGAGAGUGCGCCCUUCCAUUCCUGGCGAAGACGAGAAGCUCAAAAAGGCCCUGGAAGAGAAAACAAAAACACAGCGCAAGACCAAAGUACAACCAAGCAAUGAAAGUCCUUUCAACUUUCCAGGGCAGCUGGAGGAGAACGAGUCCAAGGAGAGUGAAGACCUCACCAAACGUGUCAUUGAGAUCAAAGAGCCAGCAAAAGACAGGGGCGGCCUCAGUGACCGCCGAAAAGUGUGGCGCUAUCCUUUUGAUAAUGUCUAUUCGCCCUCUAGUGCACAAGAAGAUGUUUGGGAGGGAGUUGCGCCUCUCAUUCAAAGCGCCAUUGACGGGUUUCCAGUCUGCAUCUUUGCCUACGGGCAAACAGGCUCUGGAAAGACUCACACCAUGCUGGGGGAACCAGGUAAUGAGGGAGUCAUUUGCCGAGCUGUAAACAAGAUGUUUGCUGCCAAGCGAGAACUGGAGGAGUUUUCUCGUGGCACCACGGAGGUGGAUAUGUCUGUCGAGCUACUUGAGAUCUACAACGAGCAAGUGCGAGAUCUCCUUGUACCCAACGCUGGCCCCAAUGGUCGGGAAUGCACGCUGAAGAUCACAUCAAACGAAGUUGUAGGGAACAUCCGAGUACCAGCGGACUCUGAGGAACAAGUCAUGAAAGUCCUAGCCCUAGCGCAGUCGAGACGUUGCGUGAAAGCUACCAAUUCCAAUGCAGAGAGUUCUCGAAGCCACAUGGUCUUUACUCUCCAUUUCAACGUGGCAAUGAAGAACGGGAUCAAGCGUUCUGGCCGUCUCAACAUUUGCGACCUCGCUGGCAGUGAACGCCUCGGCAAAAGUGGUGCCAACACAGUUGUCAAGGGAGAUCUCAUGAAAGAAACAAAGGCCAUCAACUCGUCACUUUCCGUUCUCAGCAACGUGAUCGAGAAACUACAAGCCGGAAGCAGUAGUAUUCCUUAUCGCGAGUCCAAACUGACUUUCCUUCUUCAAAACAGUUUGGGUGGCAACUCGAAGACUCUUGCCAUCGUAUGCUGCAACCCUCACGCAGCUCAUUUUCACGAAAGCCUCUGCUCCAUCAGAUUUGCGGAGAAGGUGAAUAAAGUCGAAUUGAAGGCUAUGGCCAACUUCUCGUGUUGAUGUCUUGAUGCCGAUCACGGCAGAGUAGUGGAUAUAUGAGGCGAAGACUCAACGUUGAAAGUGCAUUUUACCGUACAACUUUAGUAAACAUACUUAUACUUGCACUUCAAUUAAUUCUCAACACGGUCGAAUCUACAGUCCCGCCGUGACGGUGAACCCUCAGCAGUUGUAGUACACUGUAUUCAUCUCGCCA